AUAAUAUAAAUACUGGCAAGUAUGUUGCAAGACCAUAUUGUGUAUUGUUCUACUAAAAGGAACAGAACCCGGGUAGUACUCAAGAAGAGAAAGAUCACCAGAGUUGUUAUCGAGAAGUCCCAAUUAUAUGAUAAAUCUAUUUUCGAAACUUACCAUUUUCCUCGGAUCAGAAAGGAAGCUCAAUACGAGAUUGACUCCCUCCAGCAGAAGAAUUGGAGGGUGAGGCCAGACACUCCAUGUGCUUGCCAGCCGCAUAAAUAUCAUUGAACUAGUAUAAACUGACAAUUUUUGGAUAUUAAGAAGAGUUUAAUUGAAGAAUUAUCUGUAAAAGCUUCACUUCCUUUUGCUGAUGAAAUGUUCACCCUUACAGAUACCCAAGAGUCGAAAGAUAUGGUUAUUACUAUAAACACUCUGAGGGAUAUUGCUGAAGAGUCUCCUGGGCUACCCCAAACAGAGGAGAAUUGAAAGAUUUUUGGCCAUGAUAAUAAUUAUAAAAUCCUCCUACAGCCCACUAAGAAUAUCUGGAAAUUGUUCUACAGCAUCUUGAAAGAAAAAUCUAGAGAAUCACUGAAGAAAUCUUACUGGGUGACCAUCCCAGGCGAUGGUCAGUGAACCCAUUCUACUUGUGACAGAAAAUGUCCGAUCAAGUCUUUCAUUAAAACUAAAAUAUCCCAAGGUGGUGAUUUCAGCCCAGUCAAUGUUGUUGUAAAGAUUAAGGACUGUAAGUUGCUGAUAAAUCAGGAUCAGGUGAAACCUCUGGAAUUAUGGGAUACUCAGAAAGAACUUGCUCGUUCAGAGCAGUCAUCCGCUUGCACUAGCUUCAGAGCAAGCCAGCUCGAAGAGAGUAAAAAUAUUAACGCAAGGAUUAAAUUUGAAGAGUUUGAGAUCCUUGAUGUUUUUGAUGAAUGUCCAGCUGAUAAAACAGAUCAAACCUUCCUCGAGCGAGAUAAAGAUUUUAUGAAUUGGUAUGGGCAUAUGAUCUACUCAAAGACUAAAUUCAACAUAAACCUGCCUAAUAAAUACGAAAUUCCUGGAUUUCAAGAAGCAUUAGACCUCAAGCCCUCUAAGGUAGAAUCCUUCACUGAUAUGUCAGUAGUCAAUCAAGAUAUUAUUGAAGAGUUCCUCAACGUCAGCGAAAAAGAGGAAAAGGAGAUUCUCAGCGAAGAGAUUGACAUAGCAGACUAUCAUAUGGAUAAGAUCGAGGAUAAAAUUGAUGAUAAAAUCUUUGAUGAUGAUGCUCCAUUUCAGAUGUCUCAAGAACCUCAUUCAAUCUCUCCAAAUCCUUUACACAGCUUUGAGUCACAAGAUGGAAUAGUUAAAGUAGAAGGAUCUCAGAUGUCAGCUCCUGUCCAAAGACUUUUACCCCAAAAGGCUCCUAGACAGACAGCUGGGUGUAAAUAGAGAUAUCUUUAAUAUCAUGAAAUUUCCUAGGAAAUUCAAACCAAGCAAGAGAUUAUUCCUACCUUCAAACAAGAAGCCAAAAGGCAGUAAACCAAUUUUUCAAGUCUUCUCGACUCCAUCUAGGCCACAGGUUCCAGAAAAACUAGUGCGUAAGAGAGAAGUCAAAGAAAUUGACAAAAGUGUUGAGAGCAUACUUAAAACGUAUAAGCAAAAAGUUAAUAUUCAUAAACUUAUUUUCUAUCCAAAGCGUGAAGACCUUGACCAGAGAAGGAGUCUUCAAGAGUUUUAUAAUGCUGAAGAAACCGUGUUUGAGAAUAAGAAAUUGAUAAAGGAAGGUAUCCUACAACUUAUGCAGCUAAGGGAACCUCCGUCAAUCUCAAUGAAGCAAUAUCUUGGAGAAGUAACUCCAGAAAAACUUAAAUAAGAUCCAAGGUGAUGCAUAUAGUAAUAGCUUAGUCAGUAAGAAGCAGAGAAAAGCAUUUAAGUUUGAGCCAGAUUAUAGAAUUGCCCACCUUCCUUUAUGCAAAGAGGGUACUAUCCUCUCCCAAUGAGCCCCUCCUUUACUAGAUAGCAGAGGAGAUCCCAGUCUAAAGAGCAGCAGUCAAACCAAGAUUGAGAAUAUCCCUAAAGAGGAACUGAAGAAAGUCAACAUGGCGGAUAUCUUAUCUAAGAUUUUGCACACUUAA